AUGCCUGGCAUACCCUUAUUACUUCUACAGUAUCAACCGAUCAGUGGAAAACUGUUCAAGCUUCAGUAUCUUCUAAAAGUGCAAAGGAUGGUGCUAGCAUUGAAGAAAUUAAAUAAGCCAUCUCAGUAUUGUUACAAUUACCUAAUAGUGAUGUGA